GCCGUGGAAAUGUUAUUAUGUUUGCAAUGUAUUUAAAGAGAAUUGUAUUCCUGUGUAUUUCAAUAUUAAUGUUUGGACACAGGCUAAAUGCAGAUGAAGGCGAAAAUUCUACAGAGUCCCACAAGGUUUCAAAUAUAAAUGACAACUAUUCAUUUGUGGCACUGAUAGAUGUAGUUUUUAAUGACGAAUCUAAGAAGACAUGUACCGCAACCAUUAUUCACAAUAACGUCGUAAUAACUGUGGCUCGCUGCUUCGUUCACAAAAGAAGCAAAUGGAUUAAGCCAGAACUCACAACGUCAUUCGUAGUUAUUGGAACAAAAAUUAUGUUCGACACCGACUACGAGCAAUAUCUGCCGAUAGAGCGCGUCAUAACUCAUCCUGAAUUCAAAGACCAUUGUGUGGACCUCGCUCUCGUGUUCACAUUUGCUGGAAUGACGUCCGAUAAACCUGGCAACAUUGUUCCAUUAGCUGACGUCAAUGUUUCGACUACGGUGGAAAGCGAAGUCACUGUAUUGAGCUGGGGACAGUGUCACUUCGAUUAUUACGACGAACUACUGCGUAAAGGCAAGUCUGUUGACACUUAUCAGCCCGAAGAAGAUUAUCGUUAUAAUGACGAACUGGUGUUUGGACGUCAAAAAACAACGUUAGGUGAAAAUGUGAAUGACAAUGAAUAUCAAGGCAAACCUGAAAGGGGGAAACGACACAGAGGCACACUCCUUCGUCAAAAUAACAAGAAAUCCAAGAAACGUCUGCGUUAUCCCGGCAUGGAACAAAGGAGUCAAGCCCACAAAUAUUACGAAGGAGGAAGAGGAAGGAUACCUCCUGUAUUGAGAAAGAAUGCUUUGCGAGAUUCAAAUACGGGAUACAGACGUGCAACGUCACAUCAUUUUUCAAAUACAGAACAUCCAAAAGAAAAUAAACUCAAAUUCAGAAGGUAUAUUAAAUUUAGAAAAAGCUCAACGAGUGACAUGGAUUGGCGUAGAAAAAUGGGGUCUGAGCAUCAACAUAACCGACAUUUAAAUAUAUUACAGCUUGACAAAUUAUCGAUUCAACAAUUCAGAGUUAUAAGUUCAGAUAGAUGUAGGAAAUUAUUGGAGAAUGAAGGGCUGGAACUAAACAAAAUCUUAUGGGACAAAAAUCAAUUGCUCUGUUAUACAAGUGAGGAUGGCUCUAUCGAUUCUGUUAUUUAG